GAUUUUGGUUUUUCUCUUCCCUUUUUCUAGUUUUCUACAUAAAUACUUAUGUUUCUUCUAAUGUUUCAAUUUUAAACUUAUCAAUUAUUUUUCUGCUUAUGUUUUUUUCAACAACAUUUGAUAUAUAAAAUCAGUGGACUUAAUUUUGCUUUGUGAAUAUAUGAGAAUGAGCAUUCUCCAUCUUCCCCUUCCUCUUUAUCCUCCCAUCUCUCAUCUUACCUCCACACAAAGUAAUCUUCCUUCUUCUCCUAACUUCUAUGUUCUUUGCCAAAUGGAUAAGACAUCCAUGGUCCUCAUUAGAAAAGUUUCUCAUAAUUUUAUUGUUCGACGAUCUGCAAAUUACCGACCUCCUAUUUGGAAGCAUGAGUUUAUUCAAUCCUUGAAGAGUGAAUUCAUGGAGGAGAGGUGUUUCAAUAAAAGGAAUAUGCUAAUAAGAAGAUUGAAAAUGAUGCUCAACAAAGAAUUAUUGAUUGGUGAUAGUUUGAAAGGAUUGGAGGUUGUUGAUGAAUUGAAAAGGUUGGGAUUGUCAUAUCACUUUCAAAUGGAAAUAAAUCAAAUAUUAGAGAGUAUGAAUGAAAAAUUCCAAAAUGGAGGAGAGGGUUUAGAAUGGAAAAACAAAAGCUUAUAUGCUACAUCUCUUCAUUUUAGAAUUUCAAGGCAACACGGCUAUCACAUCCCUCUAGAGGUAUUCAACAGGUUUAGGGAUGAACUAGAAAAUUUGGAUAGUAUUUGUGAAGAGAAAGCUAAAGGAAUGUUAUCAUUUUACGAAGCUUCCUUCUUGGCAAUGGAAGAUGAAAGCUUUAUGGAUGAAGCCAGACAAUUUGCCGUCCGACAUCUUUCAAAAUACCUUAAAUCCAACAAUAAUGAUGAAAUAAUUUGUACUAUGAUAAGCCAUGCUCUUGAACUCCCACUUCAUUGGAGAAUGCCAAGAUUGGAGGCUAGAUGGUUUAUCGAUGUGUACCAAAAAAAACCCGAAGCAAAUUCGAUGUUGUUGGAAUUAGCUAAACUAGACUUCAACGUUAUCCAAUCCAUACAUCUUGAUGACCUAAAAGAUGUAUCUAGGUGGUGGAAGAGCACAGGGCUUGGAGAAAAACUUGAGUUUGCAAGGGAUAGAUUGAUGGCUAAUUUCUUUUGGUCUGUGGGAAUGGGAUGUGAACCUCAUCUUGGAUAUCUUAGAACAAUGUCCACAAAAAUUGCUUCAUUAAUAACAAUUAUUGAUGAUGUUUAUGAUGUCUAUGGAACUUUGGACGAACUCGAACUCUUUACCGACGUCGUUGAGAGAUGGGAUAUUGCUGCAAUUGAUUCAUUACCAAAUUACAUGAAAAUAUGCUUUAUUGCUCUCCACAACACCAUCAACGAUAUGACUUUCCAUGCAGCCAAAGAUCAUGGAGUUAAUGUCAUUCAAUAUUUUAAAAAAAUGUGGAUAGAUUUAUGCAAAAAAGCAUUCUUGGUAGAGGCAAAGUGGUAUUACACCAAUUAUAAACCAACAUUCCAAGAGUAUUUGGACAAUGCAUGGAUCUCAGUAUCAGGAUCUCUUCUUCUCCUUCAUGCUUAUGUCUUUGCCACAAACUCAAUUACAAUAGAAGCUUUGGAAUGCUUGCAAGAUUAUCCUCAUAUUAUUCAACAUUCAUCCGUCAUCUUUUGUCUUGCCAACGACUUAGCUUCAUCAUCGGAGGAAGCAAAGAGAGGAGAAGUCACUAAAUCUAUUCAAUGCUACAUGAAUGACACAGGUGCUUCAGAACAAGAAGCACGACGAUGUAUAAAGGAUUUUAUUAUGGAAUCAUGGAAGAAAAUGAAUGAAGAAGUUCAAACUUUGAAUUCUUCACCAUUAUUCUCAAAGGGUUUCAUUGAAAUAGCCUUAAAUCUAGCUAGAGUUUCUCACACAGUCUAUCAACAUAGAGAUGGUCACACUGUUGAAGAUUAUGAGACCAUGGAUCGUGUAUUAUCUUUAUUUAUCGAGCCUGCUUAGAUUCAGACAUACAAACUUCAAAUAUUGUAUUUUUUGUUGGAUUAAUGUGCAGAGAGUCAAAUGGUAGUUAGAAACUAGUUUUAAUUAAGGAGAAAGGAAAAGCUCCUCUUUAGACAUAUGGAAAAAGGGCCUAUUGUAAAGUAAUGGACUUCCAUUUAAAUAUAUAAACAAAAAAAUUAAGGUAUGUCUAGAUUUAUGCACAAA